CCAGGGGAAAAAGGUUAGUGGCAGGACGCCAUGGCUUCUGACAAAGUUAAAAUGGAUCGAGGUCCUGGUCCUUCAGCUGGCGAUCCCACCUUAAGGAGAAGAAUUGAACCCUGGGAAUUUGAAGUGUUCUUUGACCCCAGAGAACUCCGUAAAGAGACCUGUCUGCUCUAUGAAAUCAAGUGGGGCACGAGUCACAAGAUCUGGCGAAACUCAGGCAAAAACACCACCAAGCAUGUUGAAGUCAAUUUUAUAGAAAAAUUUACUUCAGAAAGACAUUGUUGCUCAUCCAUCAGCUGCUCUAUUAUCUGGUUCAUGUCCUGGAGUCCCUGUUGGGAAUGCUGCAAGGCUAUUAGGGAAUUUUUGCAUCAACGACCUAGUGUGACUUUAGUUAUUUAUGUAGCACGGCUUUAUCACCACAUGGAUCAACAGAACCGACAAGGACUCAGGGACCUCAUUAGCAGUGGUGUGAUUAUCCAGAUCAUGAGAGCCCCAGAGUAUGAUCACUGCUGGAAGAAUUUUGUCAACUACCCACCUGGGAAAGAUGUUCACUUGCCAAGAUACCCUCCUCUGUGGAUGGAGCUGUAUGCAGUGGAACUCCACUGCAUAGUUUUAGGUCUUCCUCCCUGUUUAAUGAUUUCAAGAAGAUGUCAGAAACAGCUUACAUGGUUCCAUCUUAAUCUUCAAAAUUGCCAUUACCAAAUGAUUCCACCCCAAAUCCUUUUUGCUGCAGGGGUGAUACAACUUCCUGUGACUUGGAGAUGA